ACGAGUGCUAUAAAUGAAAACCAAUAUUUCUCUGAAAAAGAAAAUAAUAAUAAUAAAAUAAAAAUAUUUAUCGCGAUAUAGUUUUCACUCUCUUCCUCCCGCGAUUACAGGUGCUUUUAGGGUUUGUCGGGGAGCUUGCAGAUCUGAGUAAGGUUUUCUGUCUUGUAAUUUUCCAAAGAUGUUUUGGCGCAUGGCAGGGCUCUCCACGGCGUCGCCGGUUGAGACAAUUUUAGAUAAGGAGAACUUUACACUGGAGGAGCUUCUUGACGAGGAUGAAAUAAUUCAAGAAUGCAAAGCUAUGAAUGGCCGCCUUAUAAAUUUUUUGCGAGAAAAACCUCAGGUUGAGCAACUUAUUCGUUAUAUUGUGGUAGAAGCUCCUGAGGAUGCUGAAAAGAGGCGAACAUUCAAGUUUCCUUUCAUUGCGUGUGAGAUAUUUACUUGUGAGGUUGAUAUUAUACUCAAAACAUUGGUGGAGGAUGAAGAGUUGAUGAAUUUGUUGUUUUCAUUUUUGGAACCAAAACACUCACAUAGCACACUGUUGGCUGGAUAUUUUAGCAAGGUUGUCAUAUGUCUUUUGUUGCGGAAGACGGUUCCUUUGAUGCAUUAUGUUAAGGCUCAUCGGCAAAUUCUUAAUCAGCUGGUUGACUUGAUUGGCAUUACAUCUCUCAUGGAGGUAUUAAUACGGCUUAUUGGUGCUGAUGAACAUAUGUAUUCCAACUAUACGGAUGCCAUGCAGUGGAUAGAAGAAACGGAUGUGCUGGAGAUGAUUGUAGACAAGUUCAGCUCUUCUGAUUCUCCUGAGGUGCAUGCUAAUGCAGCCGAAACGCUUUGUGCUAUAACACGAUUUGCUCCUCCGGGUCUUGCUGCUAAAAUCUCCAGUCCGAAUUUUAUUGGAAGAUUGUUUCGUCAUGCUUUGGAAGAAUCACGACCAAAAUCUGUCCUUGUUAACUCAUUGUCCAUAUGUAUAUCCUUGUUAGACCCUAAAAGGCUAACUUUGGGGACAUAUCAUACAUAUGGCCGCCAAAUUAAUCAUGGGUCUACUGUGACCGCCAGUCCUGAGACAAUUGAGGGCAUGCUGGAGAGCUUAGGUAAUCUGCUGAAGCUUUUGGAUGUCUCAUCUACAGAAAAUGCCUUGUUGACCACAUAUGGUAAACUGCAGCCACCUCUCGGAAAGCAUCGUUUGAAGACUGUGGAAUUUAUUUCAGUCUUACUGACUGUUGGAAGCGAAGCUGCUGAGAAGGAAUUGAUUCGACUUGGAGCAGUCCAAAGGAUUUUAGACUUGUUUUUUGAGUAUCCGUACAAUAAUUUUUUGCAUCACCAUGUAGAGAACAUAAUAUUUUCAUGCUUGGAGAGCAAGAAUGCUAUUCUUAUUGGACAUCUUCUCCGUGAAUGUAAUCUUGUUGGCAAAAUACUUGAUACCGAGAAAAAUUCCACAUUGAUGGCUGAGCCAGGCAAGCCUACAGUUCCUGCUGAUGGUAGGCCGCCGCCAAGGAUAGGCAAUAUUGGACACUUGACGCGUAUAUCCAACAAAAUUAUUCAGUUGGGAAAUAACAAUGGUGAUAUUCUGGCAUGCUUGCAGGAAAAGCAUGAAUGGUCUGAUUGGCAUGCAAAUGUGUUAACAAAGCGUAAUGCGGUGGAAAACGUCUAUCAGUGGGCCUGCGGGAGGCCAACGGCUCUACAAGACCGGAGAGAUAGUGAUGAUGAUGAUUACCAAGACAGAGAUUAUGAUGUUGCAGCCCUAGCAAAUAAUUUGAGCCAGGCAUUUCGAUAUGGCAUCUAUGGCCAUGAUGAGAUUGAUGAGGAGCAUGGAACACUUGAACGAGAUGAUGAGGAUGUCUACUUUGAUGAUGAAUCCGCUGAAGUUGUUAUUUCUUCUCUGCGCUUGGGUGACGACCAGGAAAGUGGCUCCCUGUUUACAAAUUCCAACUGGUUUGCUUUUGAAGAUGACAGAGUUGCCAAUGAGCGGUCUGCCGGCGCUCUUGCCUCUCCUUCACCUAAUAAUGAAGAAACCGGUGUUGUUAAUGGUGUGGGCAAUGAUGAUGGUGUGGUUGGUGAAGAUGAUGACUUAAAUGACACUGCAUCUUCUUCUCCAGUGCCUGAACCGACUUUAGAAGAAAUUUCUGCCAACAAUUUGUCCGAGGAUUUAAAAGAAAAUAGCACAAAUGAUAAACCUCCUGUAUGGGUUGAAUGGAGGGAGACACCAGAUUCCAGUGAUCCAUCCAUUUCAGAAGUAUCUCUCCCAAAUGGUGAGCUUCAAGUGGAUACAGAGAAUCAAGGUGGUGAUGAUCAACCUGGUUCUGCUGAACCUGUAUCUUCCUCAGAUGCAUUAGCAAAUGACAAAGAUGCUACUGGAGAAUUGCCAAAUGCAACAAAAGAGAACCCUACUCCCGAUAUUUCUGCAUUGUCAGAAUCUGUUAAUGAAAAUCCAAAUUCCGACUUCAGUGCUUCUGUUGAUGUGAAGACAACUGUAGUGGCUGAAGCAACUGCUGAGGCCAGCAAAUGUGAAGACAAAGAGUUGGUUAUGCCAGCAGAGAACUAGUGUAAAUUCUUGAGAAUCAGUAAUUGGGCUAACUAAUCCUCUGCAAGAUUGAUCUGGUCAGGUGGGAAGAUGGAAUUCUUGAGCGCACCGUCAGUUGACUAGGUGACUGUAUUUUAGAGCCUUCUGUACAUCAUCAAUGCGCCACUGUUGUUUAGUAGGGUUGAUUCUUUUUCCCUGCCUGCAGAAAAUUUGAGCACUCUAUUUCUCUCUCUCUUUCGAUCCAGUGAUAAGAAGUUGAAUAGUGUCUUGUUUUACUCCCUCUUUUUGUUUUUCAAAUCUGGCAAUUUAAUGCUUUUAUUAAUUUUUAGCUUUCUAGCUUCUCCUCGAGUAGUUGAUUUAGAAACUGGAAUUGUUACCUGGGUACUUGGAUUUCUUUAGCAUGAGAACCUGUUUAUAUCAUACGUUUGUCCUCUUUACUUUUCAGAUGAAAUGUCAAAAGUGUUGAUUAUAGAAA